UGCUGUUUAUUUGCUAGAGGAUGGUAUAUGUGUGAUGAAUUCAGUCGUUUCUAGGAUACCAGGACAACAAUGAUAGAAAAAUCUAUAUUAUAGAGUAGUUUAUAGACGCUGGGCUACGCUGGGUGGCUGGGCGGCCUCGCUGGGCACGCUGGGCGGCAACGCGGGGCACGCUGGGCGGCAACGCUGGGCACGCUGGGCGGGCGCUUGGGUAGCGCUUAGCGGACUUGAGGCCCACACAUUGGGCAUGCCGAGGCCGCGCGGCCAAAGGCUUUACUUGCGCCGCGGGGACGCGGUGCGGCGCGUCUCGUGAGCACAAACAAAGGCGGCGCGCCGCCCUCGAGGUUCAGGGCAGCGUUGGCACAGUGCUGCGCCAGUUUGCGCAGUAGCGAGCUGCGCCUGCUCUGUUCAGGCUUGCACUGCGUCGCGCUGCACUGCGCUGCUCGAUGCGUGCAAUGCUGCGCUGCUCCUGUGCACAGCGGUGAACUCGCCCGCGUCGUUGGCCUUGGCUUACGCUAGACUAGCACUGCUGGCGGGGUUCUCAAGCGGGCGCCCGAAGGGCGCCCCGCAAUUGGAGACGCCCCGCGUCACGCUGGGCGCGGAAUUCGGUAGAUCUGGCACAUUUGGGUCGCCCAGUGUGCCCAGCGUUCCCAGCCCAGCCAUGUUGGGAUACCUUAGCAUGAACCAUUCUACUAUAUUAUGGCUCGUUAACGAUUAAUGUAAAUCAAAUGCCCCUGCUGGCUCUUACGGACUAGAUCAUAUUAAAGGGUACAGUAUGAACUUGAACCUGCCGAAAUUUUCUCUCUUUUUUAAACAAUCAAAAAACCUAGUGCGAUUGUACAGAAUUGAAUGCCAAUAUAAAUAGUGUCUUGAGGAAUUGAAUGCUAAAUAUAGUCCUGUUGUAAGAAAUUAUUCCAAGAAUAGUAUCAUCGUUAAUGUGUAUGUGGUAAAUAUUAGAUUCAGACAUUUUACUGCUUUUUUUUUGUAAGAAAGUAGAAAUAUUUAUGUUUAUAAGUAUAAGACCACAAGCAAACUCCUCUUCGAUGAAAAAUGAAACUACAUGUUUACUUCAAAUUGUACACUCAAAUUUAGCGAAAAGCACUUUUCUUUCUUUGAUGAUGUAGUCUCGGUCUGAUGUUUAUAUAUAGUUUCAUAGUAUUUUUCGUUACAU